AUGGCUAUAUCUCCGAAACCACUGUCUCUUAAGUCCAAACCUUGUCAUCCCAGCCCACCGUGCGCCGGCCCCGCUCCUGCCAUCGGCUCCGAUUCUGCAGCCGGCUCCGCCCCUGCCGCCGGCUCCGAUUCUACCGCCGGCUCGGCUCCUGCCACCGGUUCCGAUUCUGCCGCCGGCUCCGAUUCUACCGCCGGCUCCGCUCCUGCCACCGGCUCCGAUUCUGCCGCCGGCUCCGCUCCUGCCGCCGGCUCUGAUUCUGCCGCCGGCUCUGAUUCUGCCGCCGGCACCGAUUCUGCCGCCAGCUCCGCUCAUGCAACCGGCUCCGAUUCCGCCGCCAGCUCCGCUCCUGCCGCCGGCUCUAAUUCUGCCGCCGGCUCCGAUUCUGCCGCUGGCCCCGUUCCUGCCAUCGGCUCCGAUUCUGCCGUCGGCUCCGCUCCUGCCGCCGGCUCCGAUUCUACCGCCGGCUCGGCUCCUGCCACCGGCUCUGAUUCUGCCGCCGGCUCCGAUUCUACCGCCGGCUCCGCUCCUGCCACCGGCUCCAAUUCUACCGCCGGCCCAUCUGGUUCUAGAGGUCCCGCUCCUGCCACCGGCCCCACUCCUGCCGCCGGCCCCGAUCCUCCCGCAGGCCCAUCUGGUUCCACCGGCUCCGCUCCAGCCGCCGGCCCAUCUGGUUCUACCGCCCCCGCUCCUGCCGCCAGCCUCGAUCCUCCCGCAGGCCCAUCUGGUUCCACCGGCUCCGCCCCAACCGCAGGCCCAUCUGGUUCCACCGGCUCCACCCCAGCCGCGGGAACAUCUGGUUCCACCCGUCCCGCUCCUCAAGCCGGUCCCUCUCGACCUACCGGCCGAAACCCCUUUCGUCGCGGCGUUCACACCGGUCCGGCAGGAAACCCAGGGCCAUCCCAAAGUGUCGGCAACAACAGGCCUGCAAUCCAUGAGGACGGAUUCGUCGCUGACGGAUUCUUCUACCCAUUCCCUCUUGGAAGACCGCUCGACAGCCCUUUUGGAGUCGCGUUUGGAAACGUGGGCCCCAAUGGAGAGGUCGGCGACGAAGGGCAGGCUGAACGCAACCCGCAAGCGGAACGCAACCCCGAAGCGGAACGCAACCCCGAAGCGGAACGCAACCCCGAAGCGGAACGCAACCCCGAAGAGGACCGCAGUGGGGAGGUCGACCCCAAUGGAGAGGCAGGUCGGGUUGCAGAGGUUGGCCCUAAUGGAGAGGCAGGCCGGGUUGCAGAGGUUGGCCCUAAUGGAGAGGCAGGCCGGGAUGCAGAGGUUGGCCCUAAUGGAGAGGCAGGCCGGGUUGCAGAGGUUGGCCCUAAUGGAGAGGCAGGCCGGGUUGCAGAGGUUGGCCCUAAUGGAGAGGCAGGCCGGGAUGCAGAGGUUGGCCCUAAUGGAGAGGCAGGCCGGGUUGCAGAGGUUGGCCCUAAUGGAGAGGCAGGCCGGGUUGCAGAGGUUGGCCCUAAUGGAGAGGCAGGCCGGGAUGCAGAGGUUGGCCCUAAUGGAGAGGCAGGCCGGGUUGCAGAGGUUGGCCCUAAUGAAGAGGCAGGUCGAGUUGCAGAGGUUUGCCCUCAUGCAGAGGCAGGCCGAGUUGCAGAUGUUGGCCCUAAUGGGGAACCUAGAAACAGGAUACCCGGACCCCCAAUCUGUGUAUGCGAGUUCUGCGGGUUUUCUAUACGCAAUAUGCCGUUCUACCAACGAAAUCCUUUUGCUUUCAAUAUAACGACUAUGAUGAGGGAGCGGCUGAAUAGAGACCUCUGAAUCAUUCCACAAUUCUUUUCUCUAUGAUCUAAAUAUAAAUACAUAUUACAUAAAUGAAACAAAAUUAAAUGACUCUCAAUAUGUUAUUUUCGACUUGGUGUUUGUAUUUGGAUGGUAUCUAAUAAACUAUACUUAUAUUUCCGAAUUGGUAUAUUUUAAUCAUAGUAAACCCCAAAUCCGAAUUAUGACAUUCACAGAAUAAAUGUAACACACAUGCAGAAUUUAUUUAAAAUCUAGACAGAUCUAGCAGCUCAGAAUUAUGAAAACCCAACACACACGCUUUGUUAUCCAGCAUAAACCCUAAACUGAUGCCCAAUACGGUAAGGGUCUGGGCUCAACGCUAUCUGCAGUCUAAUAGAAAUUUUCUAAU